AUGGCUAUAUCUGAAGAAGGACCUAUGUUUUUAAAGGCCAUUGAUGGGUCCAAGGAGUACAAGGACAAACAUUACAUGUUUGACUUAUUAAAGGAUGUAAUCAAGGAGGUAGGGCCACAAAAUGUAGUCCAAGUCAUAACUGAUAAUGCUCUUGUUUGUAAGGCAGCUGGGUACUAUAGUGAUAAUUGGCUUAAUGAGGUUCCAAAUAGGGUUCCUCCUCAUAGAGAUGAUGAACUUUCUAGCCAAAGGAAUAAAUGUCUUAAGAGAUAUUUUCCACAUGUUAAUGUUAGGACAAAAGUUUAUGAAGAAUUCUCUAAAUUCUCAUCUUGUGCGGGUGACUUUGGUUCAUUUGAUUCAAUUGAGGAUAGAUGGGCAUUAGAUCCAAAAACUUGGUGGGUGAUGCAUGGAUCCUCUACACCUAUACUUCAAAAGCUUGCUUUAAAGCUUCUAGUGCAGCCAUGUUCUUCCUCAUGCUAUGAGAGGAAUUGGAGUACAUACUCCUUUAUUCAUUCUUUGAAGAGAAACAAAAUGGAUCCAAAGAGGGUUGAAGAUUUGGUUUUUGUGCACUCUAAUCUUAGGCUUUUGUCUAGAAAAGAGGAAGGGUAUAAAAAAGGAGAGACAAGAUUGUGGGACAUUAAUGGAGAUGCGCAUGAUCCCCUUGAUGAUAGUGCUGGAGUUCUUGAAAUGACAAAUUUAUCUCUUGAUGAGCCAGAUUUAGAAGCUAUGCUUUUCUUAGAUGAUGUCUCACAAUUUGUCAGUGUCACUAUCUCUUUUGUGGCUGAGGAAGACGCCCUUAAUGGAGCCUGUCCUACAGAAGAGAAGAGUGAUUGCUUGGAAGCAGUGACAGGAGAUGAAACCAACAUAGCAUUGGAUCCUUUAUUCAUGUUUGUUUUCCAUUUGGGUGUUAAUGGUGCAGCUAUUGCUCAUGUUAUAAAUCUUAGGUUUUCUUGA